ACUUAUAACAAAAACAUAAGAACCCAACCAAAAAAACAACAAGCGGACAAGGCACUUACAAAUCAUACAGAAGUCGGCACAGUUCAGUCCUAAUUUCGCCGAUCUUGAGGAUCUGCCUUUUCAGCACUCCCCUGGUUUCUUCGUAGAUCAAACCGCUGAUUCUCUUCACCCCGCCUCUACGAGCUAGGCGCCCAAUCAGAACCUUCCGGUGCCGCUUGGCCCCUCCCUUUCCUCUUCCGGACAUCUUUGCUGUUCUUUUUCUGGGCGGUGAGGAUUUCCUUCACUCAGAACCAGAUAGAUAUGUUUUCAUUGUUGUACGGACUUUGGGAGUAUGCCUUCAGUAAGACAGAGUUUCAUGUCCUUAUCCUGGGGAUUGACAAAGCUGGAAAAACGACAUUAUUAGAAAAGUUGAAGUCACAAUUCUUGAACAUAGAAGCCCUUCCACCUGAUCGCAUUGUUCCAACUGUUGGACUGAAUAUCGGGCGUGUUGAAGUUUCAAAUUCAAAACUUGUAUUUUGGGAUCUCGGAGGGCAGCCUGGUCUUCGCUCAAUCUGGGAGAAGUAUUACGAGGAGGCACAUGCUGUUCUGUUUGUGGUUGAUGCUGCUUGCCCGUCACGUUUUGAAGAUGCUAAAUCUGCACUUGAAAAGGUUCUCCGGCAUGAGGAGCUCCAAGGAGCCCCGCUUUUGAUUGUGGCAAACAAGCAGGAUCUGGCCGAAGCUGUUUCAGUGGAAGAGCUUGACCGGUAUCUCGAUCUCAAGAAAUUAGAUGAGAGAGUCUACAAUUAUCAAGCCGUUUCAGCAUAUGAAGGGACUGGAAUCAAGGAGAGUGUGAACUGGCUUGUGAAUGCUAUGGAGAGAAGUAAGCGAACAGAAAGGCUGAAGCAGCGUGCUGAGUCCACCAGUUUUUGAUAUAUGCUCAAGGC